AUGUCCAGCGAUCAAAGAAAGCCUUUAAUCAGGACAAGAUCAUGGGCUCAGCGUACAUUCGGGAAAAUGGAAGAAGGCUCUAUGAGAAGCUCGAUUUUCACUUUGAUUGCGUCAUCAAUGGACACCAGCUGCCUUUCAUUGCCUCUGAUCCUUCAUUACGUAGGAGUGGUCCCAGGUCUUUGCCUUAUUCUAGCCUCUGCGCUUGGGUCAUUAAUUGGCAUGAACUGUAUUUGUAAAGCUGCCAGCCACAGGCAGAUUUAUAGCUACUCUGGCUUAGUAUACGAUGUGCUAGGAAAAGUAACUCUCAAUUAGGGUGCAUCAAUAAUAUUAGAAGUCCUGAUGAUUCUUUAUAUAAAAAUUCCUAUAAAUAAGAAGAAAAACAAAUGGUGAUGUUGAAGGGAGAAGGAGACGCACUCCCUAUGGAGUAGAUUGUAUCCAUACUGAUGAAGCUGAAAACAGCACCUCUAUCAUUUUUUGAAGUGGGCUUCAGGUGUGGGGACCUUGUUGAAGAAUGAAGCUUGUUCUCCUGAAGAUUUUCCUAGGCUUUGUCUAUCGGGACUAACAGGGCAUUUGCAAGAGGCGAUUCUAAUCUAUGAAACUAAUCUUUAGGCUAGGUGAGCUACGCCAGAUAGCCAGUCAGUCUAAUAAUUGAUCCGCUUAUGGUUUUACAACUUAACUUUCCUAUAAGUAAGACUUUCUACUAAUCAAUAUAAAAAUUGAAAAAAAUUAUAGCAAACUAUAUAUAUUUUUUUUGAGAUUGUUGGCUACCAAAUAAUUUGUAACCUUUACUUAGGCAUCAUCACUGUCGUAAGUUUCCUGAAAUAUUUUUCAAUAGAAAUUGAUGAAUAUAAAAAUUUCAUUAUGCUAGGAUAUACCACGUUCGUGUUAUUUCCUAUGUCUUUAAUGAAGAAAUUAACAGGACUAAAGCAUCUUUCACUAUUUAGCAUUGGCAGCAUUCUUUAUUUAUGCGUGGUGCUGAUAAUUGAUUUUCCUCAUUUUCAAAGCACAAAUGAAUUAUCAGAGGUAAGCUGGGUUAGCAUGGAUAAUGACUUUUUCCCAGCGUGCUCUUUAGCUGUUUUUGCAUUUGUGUGGCAUAUGAGUGUGGCGACUGUUUUUAGUGAAAUGAAAGAUCCUUCUCUAAAAAGGAUGCAGAAGGCGAAUUCGAGAGUCUUUUUGAUUCAAGUUUUAAUAUAUUUCUUAAUAAAUAAAUAGUAAUUUUAUUAUAAAAAUAUAUAAAAAAGUCUAUUUUCUCAUUAUUUUUUAUUGAUAAUCUUAAAAAUCAUACAUUUUUAUAGCAGUUUUUGGGUAUCUUUCUUUGCUAGAAGACACCCCUAUGUUUAUUACUGAGCGCAACCCUCCUAAGCACUAUACCUCAGAUUUAUAUAUGUGCAUUGGACGAUUGCUAAUAGUCUUUGUAAUCAUGUGCACUGUGAUGCUCUUCACCAUCACCUGCCGGCAAGCUAUAAUCAGCUUGUCCUCAAAAUUUAAUAAAAAAGAAGAAGUUUCCACCCUAACGUAACCAUUAUACAGGCAUGUUCUCAUUACCGCAUUUAUUUUAUAUGGCGCUUUAUCAGUCUCUAUAGCAAUUCCAGCUGCCGAAGUCAUUUUUACCUUCCUUGGGGCGACAUAUACGAUUUUUGCAUAUGUGUAUCCAGCACUAUUGGAGGUCCAUAAUACGAAAAAAGGGUGGGGAGAUAAAGGAAAUAUUAUGGUGAUCAUGCUGGCAGCAACUUUUACAAUUAUUAGUGGGGUAGGGGUUAUUAAUUCUGCAGUCAAGAUGGAGUAG